AUGGGUGUGGCCAUGUUGCGGAUGCACAUGGCAAUGUCUCUAGUGACAAAUUCAGAUGACCUAUCCCAGCUCUGUAGGGCUUGUGGGGAGCUCAGCUCGUUGGCUGAAGGGGACAUUGAUACGUGGCCAAAAGUGGUGGCUUGGGACUUUGGCGACACAAUAAAGGCGGCCACCGUCAAACACAACAAGGUGGCCAUUGUGUCUGAUGGCAGCAGUGUCACUAAGGUGACCAUUUAUGAGGAGUAUGCCUCAAACAUCGCAGAGGGGGUCACAUCCCCCCCAACUGAGGGCUUCCAGUCUUCCAGUGAGGAGGUUCUGCGUACUGAACCUUCAACACGAAUUUGGUCAUCUCUCCGGGAUUCUCCAGACAGGCCUUUGCAAAGCUGCUGGAGCAUCGCACAAAGUGUGGAGGAAGAUUUUUUUAGACUGAGAUCAAAGAUACCCCAGAUCCAGGACACCGAGGCGGAGACCCUUAGAGGAGAGGGACAACUGUUCAUUGCAAUACUCAAUCUUGGAUGUGGCUGUGGCCCGCCCAGCUCUGUACGCCCGAGGGCUACAGGUCCUCUGGCGCUGUUUUCAGCUGCUGGCGCGGCAGCUCAGGCUCCGCCAUGCGGCGGAACAGAAGGUGGCCACCUUAAAAGGGGAGGUGGGAAACUGGAAACAGAAGGCAGGAGAGGCCCUGCAGCGCCUGGAGGUGCUGCAGGCAACCGCCUUGUUUGCCGAGGAUGACCGGAGUGACACAGGCACCCAGACGGAGAAGGAGGGAUUUUUUUUUAUUGUAUAAAUGUUGUGUUUGAAAAUAAAUGUGUUCAUUUAA